AUGUUCAACAUUAUCCAACGGAUACAGAGUUUGAGCAAUUUUUAUUUAACGGUUUCCAUUCUAUUAUGUAUUGUUACAACAGUUGUCUCAAUUAUUAGUAUGUUCUUGGAUGAAACGUCCAGUAUUCCUGCCCAAUUAAGCAAUGUUGUAAUAUCAACAAAUUUAAAGUAUAGCAGAUCGUUUGGUUCAGUCGGUGGUAGACCUAAAGAAAACUCCAAGAUUUUAUUUGAUCUUGAUAUGGAUCUGGCUCCAUUAUUCAAUUGGAAUACUAAACAACUGUUUGUACAAUUGGUAGCAGAGUACCCUACCUCUGUUGCCGAUGAUGGUGCGAAGGUGACCUAUUGGGAUAGCAUAAUUACUGAGAAAAAGUACGCAAGAGUGCAUGUCAAUAAGCAGAGGGGAAAAUACUCAGUUUGGGACGUGUCGGACUCCUUUCAAGGCCGCAAUGCUACGGUUAAACUGAAAUGGAACUUACAGCCCUAUGUCGGCUUUCUAUUCUUUGGACAAACUAAGGGAGAGAUUGAGGUGGCCUAUCCUGCAACAUAA